AUGGAUGGAUUAUUACUUAAUACAGAAGAUAUCUACACCAUUUCCUUAAAUGAGAUCUUGGCCAAAUAUGGUAAGGGACCUUUAACAUGGGAUGUCAAGAUCAGAUUACAAGGUUUACCUGGACCCGAGGCUGGUAAGAGAGUCAUCGAACAUUAUGGUCUUCCAAUAACCGUCGAAGAAUAUGAAAAGAUGAGCGUUGAGAUUCAAACAAGUUUAUGGAGUAGUUGUGCAUUUUUACCUGGUGCUUUAGAAUUGAUCAAAUAUUUACACUUAAAGAAAAUCCCAAUUGCUCUAUGCACUUCAAGUAAUAAAACAAAAUAUCACGGGAAGACAAAUCAUUUAAGAGAAGGAUUUGAUUUAUUUGAUGCUAUUGUUACCAUUUCCGAUCCAAGAAUUCCUAAAGGUAGAGGGAAACCACACCCUGAUAUUUGGCAAUUGGGUUUGAAACUGUUGAAUGAAAAAUAUAAUACAAAUAUUACUCCAGAGGAAUGUUUAGUUUUCGAAGAUGGGAUUCCUGGGGUUCAAUCUGGGAAAGCCUUUGGUGCUCACGUUAUUUGGGUUCCUCAUCCAGAGGCCUUUGAUAUAUUAGGAGAUGUUGAUGCUGUUUUGGAAGGUAGAGGCGAACUGCUUACUUCAUUGGAUAAAUUAGAUAAAGCUAAAUUUGGUUUGUAA